AUACUCGCCCUGUGCAUCUCUUCCAGUCAGCCCGACAAGACUGCUGAAUAUUCAUGAUAGUGACUCUCAACGUCAGGACGCAGCGGCGAUUCUUCCUCCCUGUCAGAGAGCAGAGCGAAGCGGAGCGGCUGAGAGGAGAGGAGGGACACCAUGCCACAUAGCUCUGCAAUUCUCCCACCAACGCUCAGCGACGGCUGCAUUUAAGGGCUAAACUGCCAUCAACCCAUUUUCAAGCUGCAGCGGCGACUAGGGAGGGUUGCAAAUUCCUGACGGGGGGAGGAGAAAAACAGAAAAGCAAGGGGAGACAGAGAAACGCCGCCUCUUCUCUAAUUUUUUUCAAGCGAGUACAUAUUUAUUGGACGCACCUCGAGUUCAUAUUUGAAGAGCGGGAGGGAUCGAGUGACCACCGUCGUCUUUAUCAAAGAGAUGCAAAUGAAGAACAGUGACAGUGAGGAAAUGCUUCAGCACGAGCGGCCAUAGCAGAGAGUUACCUGCACGAUGGAGGAGACACAUCGGGGCUAACUGUGCUGGCGACUUCCCACGUUGCGGGGGAGAGAUGUUUUGCAACUGUCGUCCGCUGUUUGGAAGGGAUAUGUCUCCCCUCGCGUCAUUCUUCGCUUGUAACGCCUAGUUCAAGAGGCUGUGUUGGGGGGAGCACGUAUAGCUGUUCUCGCUGAAGCCCAUAAAAAAGAAAAAACAUCGUACUCCGGCUGGAGCCGAGCAACCUUUUUUCCGCGGUCCUGAACUUCCAUCAGCUUACUACGAUCGCAGCCUCCUGAGCUGUCCGCGGUGCUGAAUGAACCAGUUAGCGCAAAAUCAUCCACCACUCAUGGACAACUGCUGGGCUUGACUGACUCAGCCAGACCAGUAUUCCCUUUUUCAUGGCUGUGGCACGCAAAAUCAAAACUUUGCUGACCGUGAACAUCCUGGUGUUCGUCGGGAUCAUCUUGUUCUCGGUGUACUGCAGGAUCCAGGACCGAUCCGAGGAGCUCAUCCAGCUGGGGCGCCUCUCAGACCAGAGGCUGAGAGCCAGGAAUGGAAAAGUUUCCAACUCGGUGGACAGGCAGUCUAUUCUUCAGCGGCUGGAGAGGCUGGAGGAUGUGGUCUACAAUCAGUUAAACGGUCUAGCAAAGCCGAUGGGGCUGGUGGAGGGACCCGGAGGCCUCGGCCAGGGGGGAGCUGCUGCCACUCUGGGGGAAGACAGCCACGAUGCAGAGGGGAAGUAUGAGGAAUAUGGCUACAACGCUCAACUCAGUGACCGUAUCUCCCUUGACAGGAGCAUCCCUGACUACAGACCUAAAAAGUGUAAGCAGUUGACAUACUCAGAGGACCUUCCUCAGAUCUCAGUGGUCUUUAUCUUUGUGAAUGAGGCUCUGUCAGUGAUCCUCCGCUCCGUCCACAGCGUGGUCAACCACACACCAGCACACCUGCUUAAGGAGAUCAUUUUGGUAGAUGACAACAGCGACAGUGUGGAGUUGAAAUUCAACUUGGACCAGUACGUGAACAAACGCUACCCAGGCCUGGUGAAGAUUGUGAGGAAUAACAAGAGGGAGGGCUUGAUCCGAGCCAGAAUCCACGGCUGGAAUGCUGCCACGUCUCCUGUUGUCGGCUUCUUUGAUGCUCACGUCGAGUUCAACACUGGCUGGGCUGAACCCAUUCUGACCCGGAUGAAGGAGGAUCACACGCGUAUUAUUCUUCCUGCUAUAGAUAACAUCAAGUACAACACCUUUGAGGUGCAGCAGUAUGCCAAUGCUGCCCACGGCUACAACUGGGGUUUAUGGUGCAUGUACAUCAUCCCUCCACAAGAGUGGCUGGACAAGGGCGAUGAGACAGCCCCUAUCAGGACUCCAGCUAUGAUUGGCUGCUCUUUUGUGGUUGAUCGGGAAUACUUUGGUGAGAUUGGCCUGCUGGAUCCAGGCAUGGAAGUCUACGGAGGCGAGAACAUCGAGCUGGGCAUGCGGGUCUGGCAGUGUGGAGGGAGCAUGGAGGUCCUGCCGUGUGCCAGAGUCGCCCAUAUCGAGCGCACCAAGAAACCCUACAACAACGACAUAGACUACUAUGCUAAACGCAAUGCCCUGAGAGCUGCUGAGGUUUGGAUGGAUGAAUACAAAUCCCACGUCUACAUGGCCUGGAACAUUCCCAUGAAUAACCCUGGGGUUGAUUUUGGGGAUGUCUCGGAGCGUAUGGCCUUAAGGAAAAGGAUGCAGUGUCAGAGCUUUCGCUGGUACCUAGAGCACGUCUACCCAGAGAUGCGGAUCUACAACAACACAAUCACAUAUGGAGAGGUGAGAAACAGUAAAGCCAGUGGUUACUGCCUCGACCAAGGCUCUGAGGACGAUGACAAAGCCAUCCUCUACCCCUGCCACGGCAUGUCCUCCCAGCUUGCCCGCUAUUCUACUGAGGGUCUUCUCCAGCUUGGACCCCUGGGGUCGACCACAUUUCUUCCUGACACAAAAUGCCUCAUUGAUGAUGGUAGAGGACGUACUCCCAGUCUGAAAAAAUGUGGUGCCGUGUCAAGGAUUUCCCAGCGGCUUUGGGACUUUACACAGAAUGGCCCAAUUAUCAACAGAGACACUGGUCGGUGCUUGGAAGUCGAGAUGUCCAAAGAUGCCAACUUUGGACUUCGCCUUGUGGUACAGAGAUGUUCCGGUCAGAAGUGGAUGAUACGAAACUGGAUAAGGCAUCCCAGGCAUUGAGGGAACACAGUCAUUUUUGAAACAUUUUGGCCAGUAUUUCCAGUUGCAGCAAACUAUUAAUGGAGGGGCAGAAACUGGUACAUUGCUGCAAGGUGUAGGAUUUCACACAAUAAACUGCAAAGCAGGCUGACCUCCUUUUGGGCAACAAAGGUUCUGAAAUUAGUCUUAAAGAAGAACAUGAACAAUUUAUUUGUUCCCCGGAGCUCUGUCCUCACACCACACCUUCAGGCUGGCUGCACUGUUUGAAAUGGCCAACCUUUCUGACAUUCAGCCAUAUAUAUAGAGCACAUCCCCUUUGUGCAGUCUGGUUCGGUAUUGUACAGUAGUGAAUCUACUGCAAAACUCUAAUUUCUUAGGGGAAAAGAAGAUAUGUGGGGCUUUUUCAGUCUAUUAACUUUCACAAGGUGGACUGGACUAAAUUAGAAAAGAUAAUUGUUAUCAAUGAUCAGAUGAAACUGAAUCUUUUUGGAGUAAUUUGAGGAAGUAGCUGUGGACAUAAUGUGCUGCACUCGCAGGACAUGUAAUAGGCUUCGGAGCAGCUGGCUAUCAUCCAAUCAGGAGGGACUUCACCUGUGUUCACACAAACCACAACACUUCUUUCUGUGGACUGUAUGGCUCACUGUGGAUGAAAGCAAUCAUGUGCCUUUCGUUUAUGAUUUUUCAGCUUCAUCUGACUUGAGAAUGUCAGCCCCAAAAGCAUGUAUAUAGCUAUUUGAAAAUUAAAUUAUAAAAAAUGUAUAAAGCCGUUUAAUGAUAGUAAUAUAUUGUAAAAGGGAAAUAAAAGUGGAAAAUUGAGUAAUGUCCUCUGAAAACAAUUAGAAUAUUAAAAUCAAUUUUAUAAGUUG